AUGCGGAAGCAUGUCCUAAUGCGGAAGCAUAUUCACUACGAGGACGUGGUGGGCAAGAUGUUUCUGCAACAAUUCAUCUACAACGUGUUCUCCGCUUUGCUUCUUUCUGCUUGCUCCAAGGCAGGAGACUACAAAGCCGAUCAAAUGGUCAGGCCAUCGCUACCGUGUCUCUUUCGCGAAACGCCAGACGAGAACGCUUGGCGGUAUGGCGACUUUCAAGCCAAACCUGAUGCAGUGAGCUCGAUGGACUCUGGUUGCGACCCAUUUGCCAUGAUGGAGCUAAGAACCCUUUAUACAAGGCGUAACGCUACAAUAGUCGAUGAGGAAAAGUGCACAGCAAUGCUCCUUUCUACAUUGAUAGCGCUGGAAAGACAAGGCACAAAUACUUCAAAUUUGUAUUUUCCCUUUAUCAUUGGAAAGGGUCAUACAGCGACUCUGCAUGCUGCCCACUUUCGACAACAGGACAGGAAAGAAGUCGGAAAGACUAGCAGAGAAAAUGUAGAGAAAAUCCCAACAGUGUCAUCUGUAGGAGGCUUCGACUUGAAUUCGAAUGAGGAACGAACCAAUCUUUUUGUCGCUCUCUGUGUCAUGCUGCACAACAUCAAGAAAGCAUUUAGCGCGGAGGAGAAUAAAGCAGGAAUGGAAAAACACAAAAAAACCUUGGCGAGAAGUAGGCAAACGUUUCCAAGUGUCUUUGUUUCAACAAGGACGGGUUUCAGUACUAGUACUAGUUCUAGUACUAGUAGAGAAAUGGAAACGCCAAAUAUAUCACAGAGAAGGAAAAGAACAAAUAGUGGUGACGAAGACAAGGACAAGGACGAUCUCGCUCGUCAAGCGGCAAGAUGCGGCGGGUUGUUUUGUGCCAUUGAGCAUCCGUGGCCUCGGCCCAUUUUCAUUGGCGAGGAUUUCAACGUCGCAUAUCAGGGAACUUCGCCUUAUUAUUUUCAUGCCACUCAUGCAAGCACGGGGGUAGAAUGCUUUCUAAAACUAUGGCGCCAAGAUGAAGGAGGCUUUGACGAUGUAAGGAAUGAAAUGCGAUUCUUGAAAGAAGCUCAAAAUCAUGAUAUUGCGGUUGCAAAAAUGAUUACCGAUGAUGUGGUACCUUUCAGUCUACAUGACAUCAACUUUGAAGUGUUGGCGACGGAGUACAUCGAAUCGUCCCCAGUGUCGUCCGUUGACGAGCUUCUUGAAUUUUCAUUGGCAUUAAUGCGCGUUGUCAGCAAACUGCACGAGAAUGCUCGUAUUCUACAUUGUGAUAUCAAGCCGAACAACCUUCGAUGGCACUCGUCGCGUCGUCAAGUUUAUUUGAUUGACUUUGGCCACGCCCAACUGGUUGAAGGAGCAAAAUACUGCAAGGCAACAAGGGAUUUCGAGGCUCCUGAACUUAGAGAGAAAAUGCUUCCUCACAGUCGCGAAACCGACAGCUACUCCGUGGGCGCAACCAUUUUAUGCGCUUGGAAUGACUGCAGUCGCCAUGUGAGCCUUGGGGAAGACACCCUUGACAGCAGGAAAACGACGAAACUCCGAGUUGUUGGGGAGUCUUUGAUGGCCCCUGUCCAUGAGCGCGUGUCCCUGAAUCAUGCAAUUUGUUCUUUGCUGCAAACAUUGGAAGAAUGA